AGUGUACAAGUUUCUAUAGCAUUGAAAUCAAAACAUUUAUUUUUGGUCGAUUAUAUCCACGUUUUUAGGCCUAAAUGAUUCUGAAAUCUUCAAUCGGAAUAAGCAAUAGAGGUUUGACAGGUACAGCAUGAGACAAAUAUUUGGGUGACACACACUAGAAACGGGGGCUCAUAAAGCGAUACAAGUAGCCAUGGGACAAAAAGAUCUUGUUGUGUGUUAUAUAUGCAGUAGAGAAUUUGGAAGUAGGUCAAUCAGUAUACAUGAGCCACAAUGUAUGAAAAAAUGGCACAUGGAAAAUAAUUUGUUACCAAAAGGUCAGAGAAGAAGACCACCUGUCAAGCCACAGCAACUGCCAAAUAUUAGUGCAAAGGGUUCAUAUAAUGUAAGUGCUUACAACGAGGCUGCAUAUCAGAGUGCUCAGUCUCAGCUCUUGCCAUGUGAAAAUUGUGGCCGGACAUUCAAUCCCGAUCGUUUACCUGUUCACCAGCGUAGUUGUCGUCCUAAUAAUCCAAUGAAACCAGUUAAGCGCCAGGAAGGAGCAAAUGAAAAUCGUCCCAAAACAGCAACUAUAAACAAUCCAAAAGUGCUUACAAGUAACAGAAUAGAUGUCAAUGAAAGUCCUGUUGGUCCUCGUCCUAGUACUCGGACUCUUUCAAAGAGACCCCCCUCCAGCAAUGGUGGUGACUCCCCACCCUCUAAAUCCCCAAGUAAAGGUUUUGGGAAUAGUGGUCCAAGAUUUGUCCUUUGCUAUAUCUGUGGUAGGCAAUACAGUUCAGCAUCAAUAGGCAUUCAUGAGCCUAAAUGUCUUGAAAAGUGGCACAUUGAGAAUAAAGCACUACCUAAAGAGCUGAGACGUCCUGCCCCAAGGAAACCUGAAGCGGUGGAGAGUGGGGGGAGCUUAGAAGCAGCAAAUGAGGCAGCCAUGAAUAGUGCAAUGUCAAACUUAGCCAAGUGUGAAAAUUGUGGUAGGACAUUCCAACCAGACAGGCUGAUUGUACAUCAAAGGUCAUGUCGACCAAAGACUGACUCCACCCCACAUUCAAGGACAGGGGGAGGAGCUAUGACCCCCAAAACUCCCUCUCCCCCUAAAACUCCAAAGACAAUGCCAGCCAUGCGUAAAACCAUUGUAUGCUAUAUAUGUGGUCGUGAAUUUGGCAGUAAAUCUAUCUCAAUACAUGAGCCUCAAUGCCUAGAAAAGUGGAAAGUGCAAAAUAAACAGUUACCAAAGGAACAAAGGAGACCAUUACCCAGAAAACCAGAAGUGGUUGGAUCAGGAAAUAUGACCAAUGAAGAGAGAAAUGAAGCAGCUUGGAAGGCCGCCAAAGCAAACCUGGUCCCAUGUGAGAACUGCGGACGUACGUUUGCACCAGAUAGGCUCCCAGUGCACCAAAGGUCAUGUAGGCCGAAGACUGGGGGUCGUACACCAAUGAGUAUGAAAUCAGCUGAUCUGCGGUAUAACCCUGGUGGGGCGACCCCUUCAAAACCCAAGACCCCUAAGCCAGAUGUUAUAAGAAGGCCGCCGGCAGUUGUGUGCUAUAUAUGUGGUAGAGAGUUUGGGACCAAGUCAAUCUCAAUACACGAGCCUCAGUGUUUGAAGAAGUGGCACAUUGAGAAUGACAACCUUCCUAAACACAUGAAACGACCCCCUCCCAAGAAACCAGAGGUUCGGAAAAUAGGAGGCUCAGGGAGUUAUGAUGUGAAUGCAAUGAAUGAAGCAGCAUGGGAAGCUGCCCAGGCCAAUCUAGCUCCAUGCAAGAAUUGUGGGAGAACAUUCCUUCCUGAUAGACUCAUUGUGCAUCUACGCAGCUGUAAACCCAAACCUCCUCCAGAUAUGUAGACUUUUACGGAUGUACUCAUAAGCCUCCUGGUCGUUAUAUAAACAUUAAGUGCUGUAGACCCAAGAAGUUGUACAUCUACCAUCUACAUCACAAUGAAAAACAAAUUUUAUUUAAUGUGGAAAAUUGAAUAUUAUUAUCUGAAUGGAUUUCAUAGUGCUUCAUGUUCUCAUUUGUAAAUAUUAAUCUGAGUACCAUUAGUUUCUGUUGUACAUUCUGACUUACCAGCCCCCUCUUGUCCUUUGCUGGCAAGGGGCAAAUAACCUACUAAGGGGUGACUACUAUAUGGUUCUGGUAUAUUAACUAAUACACAUUGCAAUUGUUUUCAAUUAAGGGAUAUUUAUUAUGUACUCUUAGACUUAUUAAGACAUAUCUUUAACCAUUAAUACCAUCAUGGAUACAUUGUACGUUGAUCUUUAUUUGUCUCAUUUAUCAAACACAAUAAUUAUAAUUGAUGUCCCAAACAAUCACUGGCAGUAACCCACCUGUGAUUUUUUAUGGUAAAAUAUUUGAAAAGGAUAAUAGGCAGUUUUUUGCUUGCAAUGUUUCUCACAACCUAAACGUGAACAGAAAAUAUUUAAGAAAUGCAUUUGUAUGGGCAAUUGGUCAUAGGUAUAGGUUGGCGUUUUGAUU